UGUAUGCAUAUUUAAACAUUGAUGUGUGUGCACAUAUGCAUAAGUACAUUUUAUAUAUAUGUGGCUGCACACCCGCACGCCUAUUAUGAACACUACAUAAGUAUUUCCCGUACCUGUCGACGACAGCUUGAUAGAAAUAUAAUAUAGUAUUAUUGUUACUUCGCUGUUGUUAUUAUUUUCCUGACGACAACGAUGGGGAGGAUGAAGAGAAACAUUUAUAUUUUCAUUCAUUCAAUGUUUCGCUAAACUAUAUUAUUUCUACUACCACCACUCUCACUACUACCACCACCACCACCACUACUACUUCUAUUACUACUACUGCUGGUGCAGACACAGUCAUGAAUCUGUUUUCAUCAUAUUCUCAUUGUUGAAUCAAAAACAGAACAAAGCAAACCCACUGACAGACGUUCAAGCACGAUUAUUAUUAUUAUUAUUAUUAAAUCCGUGUAUACACCCAGCGCCAGCACCACCAACACCUUCACAAACCUCCAACAACAUCAUAAUCACCCUCCAACACCACCGCAACCAUUGCAUCAUGUCGUCUAUUUAAAUUUUCUUCUACUCUUCAUCUUUUCCAUAGUUUUUCCCUCUACAGCAGGGAUCCCAACGCACACACACACACACACACACACACACACACACUGUCUGUUCUAUAAAACACGGCUUCCAACACUCGAAGAACCAAAUUUUGUAAGGACUGAAAGGAAAGAGUUUGUGAAAAAUGGAUUCUCCAAAAGAAAAUACCUCCCUCAACAUCAACUCCGAUAACGUUCCAUUUUGGACAUCCUACCGCUUCCUGUUGGCCAUUCUAGGAUUCUUGGGAUUUGUAAACAUUUACACAAUUCGUGUGAACAUGUCUGUGGCAGUGGUAUGUAUGGUGAACCACACAGCUGUCCUUGGAACUUCAGCAACAAACCCCUACAACACCACAUUCAACGACACAUCUACCAAUCUUGAGGAUGAUAUUUGUCCUGUUAACACUGAUACAAAUAGUGCUGAAAAAAGCAAAGGCAAGGCUGAUAAUGGAACAUUUUUGUGGGACAAACACAUUCAAGGACUUAUCUUAGGUUCCUUCUUUUGGGGUUACCUGAUGACCCAAGUAUUUGGAGGCUGGUUAUCCACCAAGUUUGGUGGUCGAAGAGUUUGGGGUUACAAUAUCAUCAUUGCAUCUAUUGCAUCAUUAUUAACACCAGUCGCAGCAGAUGCACAUUAUAUCCUACUCAUCAUGCUGCGAAUCCUUAUCGGAAUGACCACAGGUGUCAGCUUUCCUGCUAUGCAUACUGUGUGGGGUAACUGGGCCCCUCCUAUGGAACGCACCAAAUUGUUAUCAUUUACAUAUGCAGGAACAUUUCUUGGAAAUGUCGUAACCUUCCCACUAUCAGCAUUACUUUGUGAAUAUGGUUUUGGUGAUGGUUGGUCCUCAGUGUUUUAUAUUUUUGGUGUGGUGGCUUUAUUAUGGGCUAUGAUUUGGUUGUUCCUCGUUACUGACACUCCAUCUCAACAUAAACGGAUCAGUAAAAUUGAGAGAGAUUAUAUUGUCUCCAGUUUGAAAUCAGACAUUUUAGAUGAAAACAAGAAAGUGAAGGUUCCUUGGUUGUCAAUGUUCACUUCAAUGCCAGUCUAUGCCAUCAUUGUCAGCAACAUCUCAGCUGAUUGGGGAGUUUACACCCUUCUCACAGGGAUACCAACCUAUAUGAAAGAAGUCUUAAAGUUUGACAUAGCGGCUAAUGGUCUGGCAUCAGCUUUACCCUAUAUUGGUCUUUGGAUUCUUAUCAAUGUUUUUGCUGUUCUUGCUGAUUUCGUACGAACGAAGAACUACCUCAGCACAACCUGGACAAGGAGGUCUUUUGAUGCUACAGGCAAAAUUGUUCCUGCAAUCCUUUUAAUUGGCCUUGGCUACAUGGACUGUCGGACACCUUACGUUGCUGUUGCUCUCCUCACAUUGGCUGUCUCAUUGACUGGGCUUCAGUACAGUGGUUUUAUUGUGAACCAUGUUGAUAUUGCUCCCCCAGUUGCAGGAAUAUUGUUUGGAAUAUCAAACUCCCUUGCUGCCAUCACUGGUUUCAUCUCACCAUUAGUAACAGCAGCUGUCACUCCAAAUGGAACCCAAGCAGAAUGGCAAAUUGUUUUCUACAUCUCAGCUGCCAUUUAUAUUUUUGGUGCUGUCUUU